CAGAUACAGGUCCUCAAUGCAGAGUUAAAAGAUACUAAUGUUGAGCACCUUAAACAUAGAUUAGCUACAAUUAAUGUAGGCUUUUAGAACUAAGUAUUGGGAAGCUGGGAAAACUCAGGGUGAAGAUUGUAAGUGCAACUGCAACUUGAUCCCUCUGUUCCACUUACAACUAGACUCUACGGGAUCUGCUGGAUCACGGAGAUCGUGUGUGAUGUCCAUGUCACUGGAGAGGAGCUCUUCACAAGUGGCCUUGAUCCAUGUGUUCAUUCACUGAUGUCCAGCUUACUCCUUCGCGAUCUUACUCGGCAAAGUGCUCGAGGCUUGCAGCAGUGACUGAAAUCAGAAGGGCUGACUUCUGAACAUUCCAGGCAGGAUGAAAGACCGUUUAAGUGAGCUGCGUGAAUUUGCCAGGUUACACAACCAACAGUUUUCUGAUAGUGAUGAUGAUGAAAAUUCACCCCAGGAUAUUCUCCUGUAUGAGACGGACUAUGCCUUGGAAAUUCUUCAUAAGGACAUCCAGAGCAUCCGGACAGAAAAUGACCACCUAAAAGCAGAUGUCAACCGCCUCAGAAAGCAAAACACCCGCUUCCUUACUUCCAUGCGCCGUCUUAGUAGCAUCAAACGAGAUACUAAUUGUAUUGCCAGAGACAUUAAGAGCCGUGGAGAAAGCAUCCACAGGAAACUGCAGAUAAUGAGAGAUUUCUGUGAAGAUGCAAUAACAAAAUAUGGAGCCAUGUCUGUCAUUGCCAGGGUGGCAAAGAACCACUAUGUUGACCUCAUGCACACAUUUCAGGAUGCUAUGUUUGAUUACAAUGCAACGGAGAUGAACCAGCGGGAGAACUGCAAGAUUCGAAUUCAGCGGCAGCUGGAGAUCAUGGGCAAAGAUGUUUCUGGACACCAGAUUGAGGAGAUGAUUGAGCAAGGCAAAUGGGAUGUCUUCUCCGAGAAUCUCUUGUCGGAUGUUAAGGGAGCUCGCGCAGCCCUGAAUGAGAUAGAGACGCGACACAAGGAGCUGGUGAAAUUAGAAGGUCGCAUCAAGGAAGUUCACGAGCUCUUUCUGCAGGUGGCCCUGCUGGUGGAGGAACAGGCAGACACUUUUGAUGUUAUUGAGAUAAAUAUGCAAAAUGUUGAGGACUAUGUAGGAGAUGCUAAAGACCAAGUGAAAAAAGCUUUGGAAUACAGGAGAAAACAUCCCCUCAGAACAAUCCUCUGCUGCUGCUUAUCAUGUUGCAGAAGGUGAUGGUCCCACUGGAGCUAUCACAGACUGACUUGAAUGCCUUCAAAAUCAGGUGUUCUUUCCUGAGACUCUUCUGUAAUGUCAAGCCCUAGAAACAGGGGGGAUAUUUUGGAGUUAGUUUUGUCCAUUGCCUUUUUACUAAAUGUGCUGAAGGCUGUUUCUAUUCAUGUUUUUUAUUUCUAUUUCCUAGAAAUGUUGAUAAAACUAUUUUUAAUCUGAUUUUUAUUGAAAGGUGCUGUUACUGUAACUAGAGGUGCAAUAUCUCUACAGUGAUGCUUGUUUUAUAGAGGCAAGAAAGAAGAAUGAAUAACUUGUCCUAGGGAAGAUUAAUACUUGCAAAAAGUAACUUUAUUCUUAUUUGUCAAAGUGAGGCUGCAGGCGGUGAAAGGUUAUUGCCUGGGGUGACACAGUACACCACAGAAUCAGGAGGUUUCAGUUUUAACUAGUUUGGAGCCUGCUUGAUGCAAAUUUGACAAAAUACUGGGCCUGGAGCAGGAGCAGGACACAGAACUAGUUUUUCUUUUAAAUUGAUUUCCAGAUGUCUGGAAUCUUAACAGAAGUGGCUGCACCUUAAAUGAUAACAUGCGCAUUUUGCUCUAUUUGCAUGCAAGUGACUGCUUUUUUCCAUUUUGAGUACCCAACCCUCUCAAGGUGGCUAAAAGCACUGCAACACUGAGACAUCUCACUCACUUUUAACUUGAGCCACUAUCUGGACUUUCAGGUUCAAACUUGCCAUGCUUUCAUGUUCUGACGCAUUUUUCUGCCAGUUAACACUUCAGCCAGAGAAGAAACAUGGAGUGGCCUUCUGCAGAAACACACAUAAGAAGACAACAGCUGUGGGGUUGAGAAAGCAUUUUAGGGUCUCCUGUACUGGAUAGACAUAGAAGCAGGUUUAGUGGAAUGUCUGGCCGGUCAGCACACUUUUAUUUUUUAUAAGCA